CAACUCCGGCCACCGCUGAGUGAUCAAAAUAAUUAAGAAAAUCCAAUCCAUAGACUUCUCUCUCUCUCGCUCUCUCCACUCAUCUAUUCUGUAUUUCUUUUAUUUAUUUAUUUAUUUCCAUUUUGCGUCAUCUUGUGCAAAAUAGCUUGCCUGUCCCUUUUAGGAAACAUAUUAAGACAUAUCUCCAAAGUAGCUGUAUGAUUCAGUCUUCCCCGAGCGUUGAGAAAUCAGUCAAAACUUGGGAGGAAUAAAUGUAAAAUGACAUGCUGACAAGCAACCAAACGACGAGCUCCCCACUAACAUAACUCCUCCAAAAACUCCUGCCUAGCUAGCUUCUUCCCUUCCUCGUAUAAAUCAGCCGCCUCCCUCUCUCAUCGUUAACUCAAGCUCCUUUCAAAACUUAGAAAUGGAACAUCUUCUUCAAAAACAGCAGAAAGGAGUUUCAGCCAACACGCAAAAAAAAUACAAAGAGAGGACCACGAACAAUAAUAUUAUUAGCAAAAGCAAGUUUGUUGGGGUGAGACAAAGGCCUUCUGGGAGAUGGGUAGCAGAGAUCAAAGACACAACGCACAAGAUAAGGAUGUGGCUCGGCACCUUCGAGACGGCCGAACAAGCUGCUCGAGCUUACGAUGAAGCUGCUUUCCUUCUUCGUGGUUCCAACACUCGAACCAACUUUGCAACUCAUAUCUCCCCAGAUUCACCUAUCUCUUUGAAAAUAAAGAACCAGCUCCAUCAGAAAAAGACUUUGAAACAACACCCUUCAGCAGUCCCCACCGUUAAACCGGCGAGUACUAGAAUUACUUCUACUUGUCUCACUAAUUUUAGUACUAAACAUAGUGCUUCUUCUAGUGGCAAAGACCAAGGUCCUUUGAUGGUUGGCGAUGUAUAUAGACCAGAAUUAAGCAACUGCGUUGCGGGAGAUGAAGCAGGCGAGUUUCAUUCUGAUCAUUCAUGGACAUUUCAAAGUACUACUGGGUUAGAUCAACUUCCGUUACUUCAAGAUAGGUUGGAGUUUCCCAAACAUGGUGGUAAUAAUUUGAUUCCUGCAGAUACAACAUAUGUAGAGCUUACAGAAUUUGAAAGAAUGAAGGUAGAAAGACAGAUUUCAGCUUCGUUAUAUGAGAUGAAUGGAGUGAACGACUAUGCAUAUGAUGAUGCUAGUGAUCCCCUCUGGGAUCUGUCCGCUCUCUGUCACUUGUUCUGUCCAAGUUAAUAACUCUCUCUCUCUCUCUCUCUCUCUCUCUCUCUCAAUGCAAUAAGAAUAUGUUGAAAGAGAUCGGCAGCUAUGUCUUUCAUGUUUUCAAAAUGAUCUGGUGAUUUUGAGAAGUGCUACCACUUGGCGAUGAAGAGAAGGUACUGAAAUCUUUGUUAAUUCAAGAAGGUCGAUAUAUAGUAUUACAUAUAUGCUGGUCGGAUAUGGUAGCUUUCACUACCUGACCAGUGAAGUCCUGUUUGUAGUCUUUAGUAAUCCUAUUGGCGGUUUUGAUUGCUGUGCAUAACAUUCAUUAUAAUAAGACGACAUUUUUGGGUCACCCAAGGCUUGCUUGUUUUUGGAAGUCUGGGACUUUGUGAAUGGCUUACUGUUAUAACUACAAGGCUAUAUUAAUAUGAUAUCACCAGACUGAUCAACUUGUAAAAGUUCAGUAAUUUUCUGUAAAAAGUACAAAAAAAUCUUAAUCUUUCAGAUCAAAGUUGAUAGAGUUCCAUCCAUCAAAG